GUUAAGAUCGCUUAAAAGAUCGGCGGAUCGUUGCUGUGAAUUCGUGAAAGAUACUUGAAUACCGCGUGUGAGGAAGAGUUUUGCAUAAAUUGAGUCUGAGUGAUAAUGACAAGCUAUAUUGACAAAGGAACCAAACCUGAAGCCGGAAAAUUCUUAAGCUUUGAUCAUCUAACGUUUUACGUUGGCAACGCCAAGCAGGCGGCCAGUUAUUAUACGACCCGUCUGGGAUUCGAACCACUUGGCUAUCAGGGAUUGGAGACGGGCGAGCGACGCUAUGCGAAGCAUGCUGUGCGCCAGAACAAGAUUGUCUUUGUGUUUGUAUCCGCGUACACGCCGGAUGACAAAGAGCACGGCCUGCACUUGAUGCAGCAUGGCGAUGGUGUCAAGGAUGUGGCCUUCGAAGUGGAGGAUUUGAACGCAAUAUUUAACUUGGCAGUAGCCCGAGGUGCUGAGGUUGUGCGCGAUAUCUGGGAGGAGAGCGAUACUGAUGGCUUUGUGAGAUUUGCCACCAUUAAGACGUACGGCGACACGACGCACACUUUUGUGGAGCGCAAUGGCUAUGCGGGCGACUUUUUGCCUGGUUUUCGACGCGGUGUUAAGGAUGUGCUACUGGAGCAUCUGCCGCCCACAAAGUUGAACUUCAUAGAUCAUGUGGUCGGCAAUCAGCCGGAUUUGCAAAUGGAGAGCGUGGCCGCUUGGUAUGAGCGCAUUUUGCAAUUCCAUCGUUUCUGGUCCGUGGAUGAUUCCCAGAUACACACGGAAUAUUCGGCGUUGCGCUCCAUUGUAAUGGCCAACUAUGAGGAGACGGUCAAGAUGCCCAUCAAUGAGCCAGCCAAUGGCAAAAAGAAGUCACAGAUCCAGGAAUAUGUUGACUACUAUGGCGGAGCUGGUGUGCAGCACAUAGCUCUCAAUACGGAUGAUAUUAUUGGUGCUGUGAGCAACUUGCGGGCCCGCGGUACGGAGUUCUUGACCAUACCCUCGUCGUACUACGAUAUACUGCAGGAGCAGCUAUCCCAUAGUCGCACCAAAAUCAAGGAGGACAUGGAAAUAUUAAAGAAACUGAACAUUUUGGUGGAUUUCGAUGAAAAUGGUUAUUUACUGCAGAUCUUUACGAAGAACUGCCAGGACAGGCCUACGCUCUUCCUUGAGGUCAUUCAGCGUUACAAUCAUAACGGUUUUGGCGCUGGCAACUUCAAGUCUCUCUUUACAGCUAUUGAGAUCGAACAAGCCAAACGUGGCAAUUUGUAAUUAACAAUUUAAAGGCAAUGAUAUGAAUAUUUUAUUAUAAGGCAUUUGCAACAAUUAUGUGGAUGGGCUCUUACAAUUAAAUCAAGUCUUAUAAGUUUGCU